CAUCCAUCCAUCCAUCAUCACACUCACACACACACACACACAGAGCAUGCCUCCAUUUGACAAAAUCCAGCUGCAGAACAAACCGUUCAAACAGAGGAAGAGCUUUGCUACAAGGAAACAAGAAGUGGCCGGGAUCAGGUCCAAAUUCCCCAACAAAAUCCCGGUCAUCAUUGAACGCUACGAGAGGGAGAAGUAUCUUCCUCCGCUGGAUAAGACCAAGUUCCUGGUGCCGCAUGAACUCACCAUGACUCAGUUUGUCACCAUCAUCAGGAACCGGAUGGCUCUGCUGCCGUCUCAGGCCUUCUACCUGCUCAUCAACAACAGCGGUCUGGCCAGCAUGUCUCUCACCAUGGCUCAGGUCUACAAAGACCACCAGGACGAGGACGGCUUCCUCUACAUGACCUACGCCUCGCAGGAGAUGUUCGGACGCUGACAACGUUUUACAUUUUAUUUAGUAUUAAAAGGCUGAAGGCCUCCAUAUCUGCUGUAAAUAGAAAAAUAUUGUAUUUAUUGUAAUAAUUGUUCUAAAUGUUAAUUGUGAAAGAUGGAUUUUAAUUAAA